AUGGCGCAUGCUCAAAGCCCCCACAACCCCGAGAUAUAUAAUCUCGACGACGAUGCGGCCUUCGAUGAAUGCGAGGGAAGGCUGAAGCAGGCAAGAACAGAAAACUUUAUCGUCAGCUUUGACAGUACUGAGGCCAAAUGCGCGGUAGAUGUCGGGAGAGAGGUCGCCCUUGAGUGGCUGCAGGCCGACCGUCGCAAUGCAAAUCAGGCGCUGUGGUUGAACUUCUGGGCCUCCGAGUCACAGAAGCCCAUCAUCCAGGACGUGGCGAAGAAGUACGACCUUUCACCAAGACUUGCAGGGUUACUAUGCCAGGCUAUCACUUCCCCAAGUCCAUCGAAGAGCGUGGCUUCCACGGACAGCGAUACCUCACGCUCUUCCACAUCAGGACAACCGAAAACACCAAGAACACAGACUACCGAUGUCGAGAAAGGCGUCCCUCUUCAUAACACAGCCUUCCCCCAACAACUACUGCAACAACCAGCAGACUCUGGGGAGCUGGAUGGCUUGACUUUUCACAGGGUGGUGCGGAACCUUUGGCAUUUCUGUUCCGUCGACUUUGGCCGCCGUUACAUUUAUAUCGGCUUCAACUCUUUGUACUCUCUUCCUAACACCAAGGAUGCAGCUCCAGAUGACAGUGCACCGGCCGAGGACGUCGGCAACGAGUCUGGAGGCAGGGAAAAGGAUGGCAGUAAGCCAUCCGGUCAGCGCAUCUGGUCAUCUCUACUCGUAUGUGACGAUGGAACCGUCAUAUCGGUGUUUGAACGGCCCGAUGCCAGCGAGCCGCACCUCGUGUCUAGACGAAACGUGCUCAAUGUCUUCCAUCAUCUCUCCAAGCAACACAACCAAGACAGCUCGCGAGACGCCCUGAUGAAGGUCCGCGUGAGGUGGAACGAGUAUUCAAACAAUGCAACAACCGGCUACGACCCAAAGGAGGCCGCCAGCCUUUUAUUCUACUACCUUUUCGACGACUGGGUGACGACUUACAGGCUGAUCGCCCGGCUUGACCACCCCUAUCGGAAAGAGCUGGAAAAGAUGCAAGAGCUCAUGUUCAAAGCGGCGGACGUGUCUCAUGUCAAAAAGGUCCACGAGAUCGGCACCCAGCUGACGGUCCUCAAACUCAUGUAUGAGAGCUACGAAUGGAUCGUAUCUCGCCUCCUCCACAGCCAACGGUUGGCAAUGGACGCCAACAGUCUACUCCUGUCUCCUCAGAGCACAUUCCACAACCCAGAUCUCAAGACUGGUAGCCACCAAAGUCCGGGAGCGCAGCUGGCCGCUUACGAGGAGGGCUUCCUCGCCGAUGACUCAAGAUCCAACGUGAAGUUGAGCUUCUCGGCAGUUGCCCGCUUCGAGAGACUCCUGGGCAGGAUUAGACUAUAUGCGCUGACCGAAAUUGACGAAUGCAUAAAACAAAAGGAGUCGCUUGUGCUUAUGAACUUCAAUUUGGUCGCCUUGAAGGACUCCCAGGCCGUGGAGAGGCUCACCAGAACCACGAUCCUGUUGGCCAAGGCAACCAUCCUGUUCCUCCCUGUCAGUUUGAUGACGGGCUACUUUUCUAUCCAGUUGCCUGAAAUCGCCGAGAAGUACACGCUCAAGACAUACUGGCUCUGUUUCCUGGUCGUCAGCAUCCUUUCCAUACUGUUCCUGGUGGUCUUCGGCAUCACGACCCACACGUUGGAAGGCCAGACGGUAUAUCGAUCCAUCACGAGCAUCGUUGGGAGCGCCAUUUUCGAUGCAAGUAAGAGAAAACAGAAAAAGCAAUAA